AUUGCGGAAGUGGAAGUUGUCAAAGUCCACCCUGCUGUCUGUGACCUGACUGUCAGUGUUGCUCUUGUAGAAGCCACUGUGCUGUUAGUGUUCACACACAGAGAAUAAUAACUCACAGGGAUGUCUUUGUCUUUCGAUGGAAGAGUCGUGCUUGUCACCGGAGCUGGAGGAGGUCUUGGUAGGGAAUAUGCGCUGGCUUUUGCUGAAAGAGGCGCCUCAGUUGUAGUGAAUGACCUUGGGGCAGACACUAAAGGAGGUGGAAAGAGUUCUGCAGCUGCUGAUAAGGUGGUGGAGGAGAUAAGAGCGAAGGGAGGCAAGGCCGUGGCAAACUAUGAUUCUGUAGAAGAUGGAGAAAAAUUGAUCCAAUCAGCACUGGAUGCAUUUGGAAGAAUAGAUAUUGUUGUAAACAAUGCCGGGAUCCUUCGUGACCGUUCAUUUGCCAGGACGAGUGAUUUGGACUGGGACCUGAUUCAAAGAGUUCACUUGAGAGGCUCCUUCUUGGUGUCUCGAGCCGCCUGGAACCACAUGAAAACCCAAAAUUUUGGCAGAAUCAUCAUGACGGCUUCAGCCGCAGGCAUCUAUGGUAACUUUGGCCAGGCCAACUACAGCGCUGCCAAGCUGGGCAUGCUGGGGCUGUCAAACACCUUGGCCAUCGAGGGACAAAAGUACAACAUCCACUGCAACACCAUCGCUCCUGUUGCUGGGUCACGGCUCACAGAGACGGUCAUGCCCCCAGACCUCGUGGCGUCUCUGAAGUCUGAGUAUAUUGCUCCCUUGGUCCUCUGGCUCUGUCACGAACAAUGCGAAGAAAGUGGAGCACUGUUUGAGGCUGGUGCAGGCUGGAUUGGUAAAUUGCGCUGGGAGCGUUCUCUGGGCCGCACUGUGAGACAGAAGAACCAAGCCAUGACUCCUGAGGCUGUCAGGGACCAGUGGGACAAAAUCUGUGAUUUUACAAACGCCACCAGGCCCACUAGCGUAAAAGAGUCUCUACAGUCAAUUGUGAGUGUGCUGUCUCAAGUGGAGUCGGACGGAGAAGUCGGUGCGAAUCCAACAGCUGCUGCUGCAGCUUCGGCUUCAGGGAUCAAUCCUACUGAGGCAGUGGGACAAAAACUAACACCGACCACGUUCAUCUUCAACCACACCCAGUGUAUCCUCUACGCGUUGGGGGUCGGCAUGUCCACCAAGGACCCAGACCAUCUUAGGUUCCUGUAUGAAGGCCAUGAAGACUUCGGCUGCCUCCCCACCUUCGGGGUCAUUCCCUCCCAGGUGGCCCUGAUGCAAGGCGGGCUGAUGUCAGUCCCUGGACUCAACAUAGAUUCCACACAGGUAUUGCAUGGAGAGCAGUAUCUGGAACUCUACAAACCUUUACCAACCUCAGGUACACUAACGUCUGAGGCCACCGUAGCAGACGUGUUGGACAAAGGAUCUGGAGCCGUCAUCCUCUUGGAUGUGAACACCUUCAGCGGCGGCGAGCUGAUCUUCUUCAGCCAGUUUUCAAUAUUUGUGGUCGGAGCAGGCAGGUUCGGAGGGAAGAGAACCUCUGAGAAAGCCAAAGCUCCUCUGCCUCCACCUAAACGGGCACCAGAUGCUGUGGUGAUUGAUUCCACCACAAGAGACCAAGCGGCCUUGUACCGUUUGAGUGGAGACUGGAACCCUCUUCAUAUAGACCCCAGCUUUGCUGCCAUGGGAGGCUUCAAGGCUCCCAUCCUGCAUGGCUUGUGCUCAUUCGGCUUUGCUGCGAGACACGUCCUCAAGCAGUUUGCCGACAACGAUCCCUCCAGAUUCAAGGCUAUCAAGGUUCGCUUCGCAAAGCCGGUGAUGCCGGGCCAGUCUCUACAGACUGAGAUGUGGAAGGAAGGCAACAGAAUUCACAUCCAGUGUAAAGUGAAGGAGACUGAUGCCGUUGUGCUGAAUGGGGCUUAUGUGGAUUUACAUGGCACAUCAGAGGCUUCUCCAGAAAAUCUCACUCAAGGAGGGGGCCUCCAUAGUGAGCUGGUGUUUGCAGAGAUCGGCCGUCGUAUUAAAGACUCUGGCUCAGAGCUGGUCAAGAAGGUGAAUGCCGUGUUCGGCUUUGAGAUCACCAAAGACAGCAAGAUUGCGGCACAGUGGACCAUUGAUCUGAAGAACGGCAGCGGCUCCUUGCACACAGGCCCUCACAGUGGGAAGGCGGAUGUGACCAUCACCCUGUCAGAUGACGACUUCCUGGAGGUGGUGCAGGGGAAACUCAACCCUCAGAAGGCGUUCUUCUCUGGCAAGCUGAAGGUUAGAGGGAACAUCAUGCUGAGUCAGAAGCUGGAGGUCAUCCUGAAAGACAACGCCAAGCUGUGAGCUCCUCAGCCAACCAAUCAGACAACUCCACGAACUAACCAACCUACCAGCUGUCUACUUUUCUUCUCCUGAUUUGUGUGUGUGUGCGCUAACAUGCUUUCCCUCUCAAGGGAAAUGUUUAGAGAAAUCAGCCAGUAAGAUAAAAACUGCUUCAGAAUGAAUUCUCUCAUAUAAAUUAACUUUAACUGAAGUCAGAGAAUGUACAAAGACUUGAUCAAAUAAAGAGGUUUGUUGUAUCACAUGGAUCAAGAUGUACUUUGACGACUGGAGAGAGAAGCCAAGAUUUCAAGAAGAGAGCUUUUGUCAGAAGAAAUGAUUCAGUGUCGUUUCAGUUGGUUGGGUCCUUAUGCUCCGUCCUUGCUAAAAGAAAAUUAACCCAUAUACCUUUAAAGAUCCAAAUGGGAAAUUAACCAUUAGUUUUUCAUAGAUUUAAUUCAUUUUUAUUCAUUUUUUAUUAAAUAUGAUAAUAGGAGAUACAAGCGUCUACUACAAUGAACCAAAAUACUGCCCAACAUUGGGCGAAUGUACCGGAUAAAGUGAUAACAAUUACUAUCUUAUCUCAUUUCAAAGCACAGCCUGACUAACGUCAUUAUCCAGUGGCCUGCUACUGUAUAUCAUUACAAUGACUAAUUCACAGUCUGUUGACUCAGAAACGGUUAUAUGUACCUUAUACUGUAAUCUCAACAGAACCUUUAAGACAUGUAUAAUAAUGUAGAGUUUGCUAGUUAUGAAAAAUAAUGAUUUUCACUUAAUUUCUAAUGUCAAUUGUAAAGAAAUGUAAUAGUUGCUCUUGUAUGAAAAUAAAGCAAUUCAGACUAAAAGCUCAUUUCUGUAUGAUUAAUACUGCUGCACUGUGGACGGCAAUUAGAGCGCCUAUAAUUAAUGUUUUUGUAAUAAUGUAUCAAGUGACUAUAUGAAAGGGGUCGCUCGUAGUUAUGAACCUACAGAGAAUUAUCACCUGAUUCUGCAGCUCUCCUCGGCUUCACUGCAAGUUUCAGCUCAUUGUUUAGCUGUCCUGCCUGCAAUUAAACUGUUUUGGUUCACUCUCA